AUUCAUGAUUACAGUUAAGCACAGACAAAGACAAGAAUCCCCUGUUUAAUCAUGAAACAAAAUCAAUAAUAACUCAAAACCGCGUGAAAUCAGUCGAAUUUGGACAGCUCACACCUCUCUUUUUAGGGUUUACCCUCUUCAAUAUCUUCCCCAUUAAAGUAACCCCUGCAAGUUGCCACUGAAAAUAUGCGCCAUCAUUUUAUCUAUUUAUAGACACACUUUACAGAUAGAUUCAAUAGAGACAAUUCACAUUGUGUUCUGUCCAUUGAAAAUUGAUCAAAUUCUCUCAAUUGGGAUUUAGUUCAAAUUUAGUGAAAUGGAGAAGAAAAUCUUGCCAAUUUUGAUGAUUUUUAUUUUGGGUGCAUUGAGUUUCUCUGUGGUGAAAGCAGAGGACCCUUAUAAGUUUUAUACUUGGACUGUUACCUAUGGAAGUGCUUCUCCUCUUGGUGUUCCUCAACAGGUGAUCUUAAUCAAUGGUCAGUUUCCUGGUCCUAGGCUUGAUGUGGUCACAAAUGACAAUAUUAUCCUCAACCUCAUCAAUAAACUUGACCAGCCCUUCCUCUUGACAUGGAACGGGAUUAAACAACGAAAGAACUCCUGGCAAGACGGGGUUUUGGGCACAAACUGCCCGAUUCCUCCAAACUCCAACUUUACAUACAAAUUCCAACCAAAAGAUCAAAUUGGAGGUUACACGUACUUCCCAUCAACCGCAAUGCAUAAGGCUGCUGGUGGUUUUGGAGCUAUUAAUGUAUAUGCCAGACCCCGUAUCCCCGUCCCAUAUGCAACUCCUGCAGCCGAUUUUAGUUUACUUAUCGGUGACUGGUACAAGUCCAACCAUAAGGGCUUGCAGCAGUAUCUCGAUUCGGGAAAAUCACUUACUUUCCCAGACGGUAUUCUUGUAAAUGGACAAACGGGAAACACCUUCACUGGCGAUCAAGGUAAAACAUACAUGUUCAGAGUGUCAAACGUGGGUUUGUUGACAUCCUUCAACUUUAGGAUUCAGGGACACAAAAUGAAGUUAGUCGAGUGUGAAGGGUCGAAUGUGGUUCAGAACUUAUACGAUUCACUAGACGUGCAUGUUGGUCAAUCGGUUUCUGUCCUUGUUACGCUGGAUCAAGCUCCAAAAGACUAUUACAUUGUUGCAUCGACACGGUUUACACCAAAAAUCCUUACAUCCGUUUCGGUAUUACACUACACCGGUUCCCAAACACCAGUCUCCGUCCCGAUCCCUGCUGGCCCGACAGACCAAGUUGACUGGUCUAUGCAACAAGCCAGAACAUUCAGAUGGAACUUGACAUCAAAUGCAGCAAGGCCCAACCCGCAAGGCUCAUUCCAUUACGGAACGAUCACACCCACAAAGACAAUGGUAUUGAGUAACUCGGCAAACGUAAUUAACGGGAAGAAGCGGUACACGGUGAACGGGGUGUCGUACAUUAACGCAGACACUCCAUUGAAGUUGGCCGAUUAUUUUAACAUCCCCGGUGUUUAUUCCACAAACACCAUUCAAGCCUCUCCAAACGGUGCUGCCCCACGUCUGGCUACAUCCGUUAUGGAAGCCUCGCUUCAUGACUUCCUUGAAAUCGUUUUCCAAAACAACGAGGACACCGUUCAGUCUUGGCAUCUUGACGGCUAUGAUUUCUGGCCCGUCGGGUUUGGAUCGGGGCAAUGGUCCGAAGCAAGUAGAAAGAGCUACAAUUUGGUCGAUGCUCUUACAAGACACACGGUGCAGGUGUACCCGAAGUCGUGGAGUGUGAUUUACGUGUCGUUGGACAACCAAGGCAUGUGGAACCUAAGGUCUGCGAUGUGGGAACGACAAUACCUCGGUCAACAGUUCUACCUUAGAGUUUAUAAUCCCGUUAAAAGUCUUGCAAAUGAAUAUGACAUUCCUUCCAAUGUUCUUCUUUGUGGUAGAGCCGCAGGGCGACACAUAUAAAGAAUAUCGUCAUUGACUUCCUUGAAGGUCAUCCAUCCAUCUCGAAGGGUCGACAACUCUACCUUAGAGUUUCAUCUUUCAUUUUUUUUAAAUAUGUACACCAAUAUUAGAAGAACUUCUUUUUUGAAGCCUAAUUAUUAGUUAUUAUUCUUUUUAUCA